UCCCCUUAUAAGGAGAAGCAAACAGCAGCAACAAACUCGCGCGGCAGCCUGACACAGAAGCUACGCAGAGAGACAGAGAGAGGCGUUCUUGCAAGGAAGCGAGGAGCGAGAUGAGAUCGAGGAUGGCGCUGGAGCCGCUGGCGGAGGAGCCUGGCGGCGGGGAGGAGGAGGCGGCGCGGCGGCGGUCAGGCCUCCACGCGGCGCUGCACCGAUGGGCGCGCGUCCUCUCCGGCGGUGCCGCCGGGGACGACGCCCGCCAGGCCGCGGACCUCCGCGUCCUCCUCUCCGUGCUCGCAUGCCCCCUCUCCCCCGUCCCCCUCCUCCCUCGCCUCCCCCGCCACGUGGCGUCGUCGGCGCAGUACAUCAUUGAGCAGUUCAGGGCCACGACGGGGUGCGGGAAGCUCGAGGGCACCGUGAAGAGCAUGUACGCGGCGGGGCGGGUGCGGCUGUCGAUGCUGCAGGAUCCCAUCGGCGGGAGCGUCGGCGUCGGCGGGUUGGGCCAUGAGGGGAAAUUCGUGCUGUGGCAGCUCGCGCCCAGCAUGUGGCUCGUCGAGAUGUCCGUGGCCGGGCAGCACGUCGCCGCGGGCAGCGACGGCCGCGUCGCAUGGCGCCGCACUCCCUGGCUCGGCGCCCACGCCGCCCGCGGCGGCUCGCGCCCCCUCCGACGCGCACUCCAGGGCCUGGACCCUGAGAUGAUUGCGUCCAUCUUCUCGACGGCCGAGCACGCCGGCGAGAAGCAGGUGGACGGCGAGGAUUGCUUCGUGCUGCGCCUGGACGUGGGCCCCUCGGUGCUGUCGAGCUGGAGCGACGGCACGGCCGAGGUGAUCCGGCACGGCCUGACGGGGUUCUUCAGUCAGCGCAGCGGCCUCCUGGCGCGGCUGGAGGACUCGCAGCUGACCCGGAUCCAGUCCCCCGGCGUGCCCGCCAUGUACUGGGAGACCACCAUCGCGUCGGCCAUGUCGGACUACCGCGCCGUGGACUGCAGCGGCGUCACCCUCGCGCACGCAGGGACGUCCACGGCGCACCUCGCCCGGUUCGGCGUGGGCGUGCGCGCCGCGCGCGUGGUGACGCGGAUGGAGGAGUCGUGGACCAUCGACGACGUGGCGUUCAACGUGCCGGGGCUCGGGCCGGACGCCUUCAUACCGCCCGAGGAGGUCAAGAGGAGCCGCUCCUACGGCGCCAUCGCCGCCGGCAAGUGAACUCGACAGCCGUCAAGGUUCAGGCGUGUGCAACAGAGUCUGCGUAGAGAGAGCACUGUAGUUUCGUAUUUGUCUUCCCUUCGUGACUUUGUGAGUGAGCGUGGCAUCAAAACUCGCGCAUGUACAUAUGUGUACCCGAUUUACCUAAAAAUAAUAAUUACAGAAAAAUUCUAAGCCUCUUUGAACCUGUGAUACC